UCCACAUUUAAUCCCCCUGGAUUUAAAGAAAACUUACGCUGGGGGUAUAUGAAAGAUGGCAGUUUUGAGAGUGAAAUUUACCAAGAACAAGAGGGACAAGCUCGCCCAGGUGCUGUGGCUCCUAAACUGGUUCUCAGUAUUGACAGGGGCCAUCCUCUUCAGCUUGGGGCUCUUUCUAAAGGUGGAGCUCAACAAGCGAGAAGAAAUGAUGGCUGACAGAGAUAUCCAUUACGUGCCCAACAUGCUGAUUGCUGUGGGCCUCAUUGCCUGUGCCAUAAACUUCCUGGGUGGGAAGAUCUGCUAUGACUGCGUGGACACCAACAAGUUCCUGCGCUGGAAGCUGAUCAUGCUGCCCUACAUCAUCUGCACCUUCUUCUUUACCUUCUGCGUGCUGGUGGGGGCUCUGAUGUGUUACGCCAUGCGGGGAGAGCUUGAGGAGUCCCUGAACCAGGGUUUGGCAGCAGCCCUGAAGUUCUAUAAAGACACAGACACACCGGGACGAUGCUUCCUGAAGCGCACUGUGGACCUUCUGCAGAUAGAUUUCAAGUGCUGUGGGAACAAUGGAUAUAAAGACUGGUUUCAGAUCCAGUGGAUCAGCAACAGAUACCUGGAUAUGACCCACAAAGAGGUGAUGGACCGGUUAAGAAGUAACGUGGAGGGAAAAUACCUGAUGGAUGGAGUCCCCUUCAGCUGCUGUAACAUCAACUCCCCCCGGCCCUGCAUCCAGCAGCAGCUCACCAACAACUCUGCUCACUUUAACUACGAGCACCAGACGGAGGAGCUGAACCUGUGGAGGAAAGGCUGCCGCCAGGCGCUGCUGGAGUACUACACCUACAUCAUGCAGUCCAUCGGGCUCACCGUGCUCAUCAUCUGGCUGUUCGAGCUUUCAGUGUUGACGGGGGUUCGUUUCCUCCAGACCUCCCUGGAAAAUGUGUUGAAACAAGGUGAUCCUGACUCUGAAUCUGAUGGCUGGCUGCUGGAAAACAGCUUUAUGGAAACGGCUCGCACCAACCUGAACAUCAUCAAGAGCCUCGGCAAGAGCAACCAAAUAGACACGGGCAACAAUGGAGACCCAAAUAUUAAUGUUCCAACCACAUCUAAAGCAAACUAUGGGCCGGACAAUGUGCCGCCAAAACAAACUCCUGAAGCCAGCUGAUUGGUCCUUAGCCUCAGUAAAGAGCAUCCCUGAAGGCCUUUAUCCAGACUGUAUAUUUAUUUUUCUGCAUCCAGAAAUCACGAUUUACAAAUAAGAAU